AUGAAUUUAUAAAAUAAUAGAAGAACUUAUCAUAAAAAGGAAGAGUUAAAUAAGAAAACAUCAAUGCUUUCAUGCUUUUCCAUAUUGGCAUUUUCGCUUACUGCAUUUGUUUUUAUAAUAAAGGGUAGUAUUGAUGCGUAUGAAUAAUCUAAUCUUUCUAAAACUGAAUGUCCUUAAAAUUAUACUGAUCUUAAAGGAACCCACAAACUCUUAUCUAGAAUUAAUAGAGAUAAUACUAAGAAUCCAUAAUAUACAUAAGUAAUUUAUGAUUUGAUUUUAAGGGAUUAUUAUUUGUUAAUGAGACAACACUUCUAGAAUCUUCAGGAUAAUAUGGAAAAAGCUCUAUUCAUUAUUUAAAUUUAAAUGAUGUUGAUAAUUUGAUUUUUAAUUAUGAAUUGCCAUCAAAUUAAUUUGGGGAAGGAUGUGACAUAAUAAAUAAUAAGGUUUAUCAAUUGACUUGGUUAGAAAGAAAAAUGUAAUAAUGAAUAAAUUAUAUAUAAGUAAUGUAUUUAAUGCAGAUGAUUUAAGUUUUAUAACUGAUAUGAAAUUAGAUGAUAAAGUAGCAGCUGGAUGGGGAUUAACUCAUAGAGUUUUUAAUGGUGAAAUAUAAGUAUUGAUAACUGAUGGUUCUAAUUAAGUUCAUAUAGCAGAUGAAAAUUUUAUAGUUUAAUAAUCUAUAUCUAUAUUUGAUGAUAAAAAAAAACCAGUUACAAAUUUAAAUGAAUUGGAAUAUGUAAAUGGAACUUUAUUUGCUAAUAUCUAUUUAACAUCAAAAAUAGUUGCAAUUGAUUUAGAAAAUUAGAGAAUCAUAGCUACAUUUGAUUUCAAAGAUUUGGUUAAGGAUGCUAAUAGAAAAAAAAGAGAUGAAUGUUUAAAUGGAAUUGCAUACAAUUAAUAUUCAGAUUCAUUUUGGGUUACAGGAAAGAAUUGGGGAUUUAUUUAAGAAGUUAAAUUGUUUUGA